GAGUGAAGCAGGCUCCGAGGCGUCUGACACCCUCCACUACUGACAGGUGCACCUCUUUAGUGAUACACCUCUCCAACUAUUUGCUAUAGUUGACCGCGCUUUGGAAAGAGCCUGAACUAUAACACACCUUUUUACAAAACCAUUCGUUAUCCAAUGAGUGAACAAUACAGGGGCGCAUUGUGCUUUUACGCAUGGAAGUUGGAAUCAGCCUAAAUAAAUUUACGCAUGGCUGUGUCUAGUCUCUUCGGAAGAUGCAUUGGGGCUUAGGUUGCUCUUGCACUUCAAAAAGUGAGCAACGAUGCGGCGCACUGAGCUGCUACUCGGUUACUUUCUGGUUAAAGUUAUGGUGUGCAACGCGGAGGGCGAGCCGGGUCAGACCGCCGACGAAUUCAUGCUGGUGACCGGGUUUACCGACUCAAAGGACGGGGAUAGAGGAGUCACGGAGAGCCCGCAUAUGGAGGACAAGUGCCGCGGCUACUACGACGUGAUGGGCCAGUGGGAUCCGCCGUUCGUGUGCAGGACAGGCAGCUACCUGUACUGCUGCGGCACCUGUGGCUUCAGGUUCUGCUGCGCGUUUAAAAGCUCCCGGCUGGACCAGACCACCUGUAAAAACUACGACACCCAGCCGUGGAUGAUGACAGGAAGACCACCGCCAAAGGUGGACGUCUCGCUGGAAACCGCGAAGGAUAAAACCAACAUCAUUGUGUAUGUCAUAUGUGGAGUUGUGGCCAUAAUAGCACUGAUAGGAAUUUUCACCAAGCUGGGUUUGGAAAAGAUGCACCGCCCGCACCGAGAAAAUAUGUCAAGAGCUCUUGCACAUGUUAUCCGCCAUCCUGCCUCAGAACAUAUGGACGACAAUGGACUUGGCCCGCACUAUGAGAACAUACAAACCAGAGUCACAGUUAACAGUCUCCAUAGCAACCACAUAAACAACGUGGCUCAAGCAUCAACUUUGAUAACACAGCUUUACCCGGCUGUGGGACACAUUACCAGCCCAUAUGAACAACAGGAGACUGUCAAGGACCUCAACAAGUAUGCCACGCUCAAGGCUGUGGCAGAGAAAGGUAAUGAAAGCUUCUACAGCCACCGGCGGCAAGCAAUUGAGAUGACAUCCAAGGGCAGCCUUCCCAUGGAAGCUGUGGAUAUGGAGCCAGAGCCGAGAAAUCCUUACAGCCCACCCAGACAGAUGUCUGCAAAGCAGAACGGACAUAAGUACAAAAGCCCCAAGAGCCACAGCUCCCAGCCACUGUCCUACGGCUCCAAUACUGUUGCCAGCCCGGGGCAGCUAAGAUCCUGGGAGAGCAAGGACAUGCUGGGACUCCGACAGAGCUAUGGCCAAAAGAAACUGUGCAACAUAGAAAAGGAGCUGCACACCACUCGCUACAUGCCCCCACAACCAUACUUUGUCACCAACAGCAAGACAGAAGUGACAGUAUGAGGGACUGUCUAAGCACCAGGCUCAAAAGCAGUCUGCAUUUAGGGAAGGCCGUAGCUGCUGACUGUGGGUGGUGUUGUAAGAAAUCAGCAUGGACUAUAGUAUGUGCAGUUGUGCAUGUGAUGGGCAGCAUUUAAGUUGUCACGUAAAAGUGAAGUGUACUGUAAUAGGACUCAGUAUCAAUCACUGUUUCUCAGGAGGGCACAGUGAUGAAUAUGCUGUCAUCGAUAUUCAUAAUAAUAAUCCAACUGCUAAAACAAAGUUACAUAACUCAUAUUUAACAGUGGUGAUACAUGUGACUCAGUACUGUUGUCAGUAUUUACUGAGAUAUCAAUGGACCUUGACAUUUAAGUAUAGUAUAUCAUUUCUAUUAAAAGGAACGUUUUCCACCUUGUCUAAUUAGUGUUGAUGGUAAAUGUAGUCAAUUCCUGUGCGUGCUGUAUUGACUCAGAAAACGGAGUUCUCCUGCUCAUGGGGCUGUGUUGGCAGUGCCUACAUGUACCAG